AUGAAUGGUUUACGUCGAUUACUCUCAUUGGCUCGCCCCGCAGUACCAAUAACACGCCGAAUUCUUCCACCUACCAUUGGAGCAUUAGGUGUUUAUAUACUUAUGCAAGGGGACUCAUCAUUCAACUUUGCCGACCAAAUUCGUCAAUACACUAUCGAUCUUACUAAUACCAACCGUCUCAACAGUAUGAUGACUGCUAAAGCCGAGACCAAAUAUAAAUGCCAGGAUAUGGUUAUUGAACCGGAUAAAGAGCAUGGACUCUUCUUGAUUAUUCAUUUGGAUUCAAGUGCUUCACUUAAAGAAUGCCUCAAAGCCCUUCAGAAUAUCAAAGACCAUGUCGAUAGAAUUUCGCCCCUUGACAUUCGAGAUGAAGACAAUGAAGUGAUAUUCGGCAUAGCCUUUGGGCCUGAAAUCCUUGAAAAGAUCUAUCCGAAUGCAAAGAAAAACGGCGUCGAACCAUUUGAAUUCAAAGAACGCAAAGGGAAGAAUUCGAGUAUGCCUUCUACUGGCGGUGACAUUUUGGUGCAUGCAACCUGUGGCGAAAAGGGCAAGCUCUUUGAGUUGGCUCAAGCCGUUUUGGGUGAUAUUCCAGAGUCGGCUAUCAAGAAAGUGGAAGAGACGUAUGGAUUCGUCUACAGAAAUGGUCGUGACUUGAGUGGCUUCAUCGACGGAACGGAGAAUCCAGCCGAUGAAGAUGAGCGUAUUGAAGUUGCCCAAAGUAAAGCCACAGGUGGUAGCUACGUCUUAACGCAAAAAUGGCAACAUGAUCUGAAAAAAAUUCGCAAUGAGAGCCAAAAGAUAAUGGAGUCUAAAAUUGGCCGUACGAAGGAGGAUAGUAUCGAGAUAAAGCCAGUCGCGCCUAAAUCCCAUGUUGGUAGAAUGACCCAUGGUCUGUCUGAUGAGGAAGCCGAGGACAGGCGCAUAGUUCGUCACUCUCGUCCCUACGGCUUUGCCUCGGGACAAUGUGGUCUCUACUUUAUCGCCUACUCCAAGACACCCAAAACGUUGAACUGGAUGCUUGACAGAAUGGUUGGUUUAACGGGUGAUGGCAACGAAGAUGGUCUAUUUCAUUUCACCAAAGCUGUCACUGGAACCUACUUCUACUCACCAAGUAAAGCGGAGUUGGAGAAGAUUCUAAAAGAGGGUGGUACCAGGAAAUUCAGGCCAUUCUAA